AUGCGGAGGAAUGGUACCUACAAGGCCCAUGAAAGAAAGGUGCCAGCUUACGUAUUUGCUCAAGUCCUUGGAUCAACAAUGGCAAGCGGAACCCUUCGGCUCACAUUCAAUGGGCACCAGAACUUUUUCGCUGGAACAGUGCCGUCGGGGACUGAACUGCAGUGUUUUGUGCUGGAAUUCAUAAUCACAUUCUACCUCGUGUUCGUAAUAUCCGGUGUUGCCACCGACAACAGAGCUAUCGGAGAGCUUGCUGGCCUUGCUGUUGGCUCCACGGUCUUACUCAACGUCAUGUUUGCAGGGCCGAUAUCGGGCGCAUCAAUGAAUCCUGCAAGAACCUUGGGGCCUGCCUUUGUGCACAAUGAAUACAGGGGGAUAUGGGUAUACAUUGCAGGACCGAUUCUUGGAGCUGUAUCUGGUGGAUUGGUCUAUAAUUUAAUCCGGUUCACGGAUAAGCCCUUGCGCGAGAUCACCAAGAGUGGCUCUUUCCUUAAAGCAUCGAAGAGUAACAGCUCCAUCUGAGAAUUUUGAGGAAAGAACGACAGAGGGAAAGAACAGUACUUGUGUUACAUGUUUUGGUGAUUGCUAGGUGGUACUUGCUAGGAAUCCAGAUGUUUGUGUGUUACCAAAUAAUAUCUAACUUCACAAAUGUAAGCACUAUGCUUUGCUUUCCUUGUUGCAAUUGGUGUCAUAUAUAUGAAUAUAUAACUGCGUAUAAGAUUUUGAAGAAA